UUGAUGUGACAGUGACAAGUGACUAACGUUAUAGUAAGCGAUUGCUUUUCAUAUUCAUUCAUAUAGUAUUUUGUAUUUCUGUUAGGGAGCUGAUAAAUAAAAACACUUUGUGUUAGUUACACUUAUUUUGGAAAUGCCCUAAGUUCACAGCAAGAGACUAUAUAACUACUAUCCUACAAGUGAACUAAAUGCAAUACAACUAGGACAUCAAGAUAAGUGUUACUUUUAGAAGAAUAACUACAACAUCAAGACAUUCAGCACAUGAGUUAAGGAUAAGUCCCCUACGUAGACCGAAGGAAGGAAGGAAGGAAGGAAGGAAGGAAGGAAGUGAUAUCAUGUGACCAUCCAAAGAGCCAUCUAUAGCUGACUCCAACCUCAGACUCUGUUCGUCGAGUCACCAGUCGAAACCCCAGGAACCUGAAUAGGAUUGUGGUGAUGUGCUAGCAUGGAGCUGAAUGCGGCGGGGACUCUGGUGCUGGAGACGCUCCAGCAGGCAGCAAGCCAGGACGUGGGUGUCCUGAAGCCUGCCGAGCAGCGGCUCAAGCAGUGGGAGACGGAGCCCGGCUUCUACAGCGUGCUGCUCAACAUAGUUUCCAACCAUGCUAUCGAUGUCAACGUCCGGUGGCUGGCCGUGCUCUAUUUCAAGAACGGCAUCGACCGCUUCUGGAGGAAGGCAGCACCCAAUGCUAUCUCUGAAGCUGAGAAGAUACCUCUACGCCAGGGUCUGGCAUCCUGCUUCACGGAACCUGUCAACCAGAUUGCCACCCAGAUCGCAGUGCUCAUUUCCAAGAUUGCAAGGGUGGAGUGGCCGCGGGACUGGCCGGAGCUGAUACCGGUCAUCCUGGAGGCGGUGAAGAGCAACAACCCAUUGGUGCAGCACCGCGCCAUACUCACCCUGCACCACGUCGUCAAGACCCUCUCCUCCAAGAGGCUCGUUGGGGACAGGAAGCUGUUCCAGGAGCUGACUGCCGGCGUGUUUGAGUUUGUGCUGAGCGUGUGGAGCUCUCACCUGCAGGCCUUCCUGUCCCAGAUGUCUGAAGAGACACCUACAAUGGCAGAAUCUUUAGAGAAAGCACUACUAACAUUACGUAUCUUGCGAAAGUUAGUAGUAUACGGUUACAGAAAUCCACACGAAUCUCAAGAAGUUAGGUUAUUCCUAAGCAUGGUAUUUGAUAGAGCCAAAACCAUGCUAGAGUGCCGCAAGUCGUUGCUCAGCAGAGACAAAACUGCGUUGGCGGAAGUAUGCGAGAAGUUCGUCAUCCACCUGACGAAGAUCCUUCUGGAUGUACUGGAGCACCACCCCUUGUCGUUCGUGGAGUACAUCCACAUGUCGCUGGAGUUCGCUGGCUACUACGUGUUCACUCCGACCGGCGAGGGCCUGCUCUUUGAGCGCUUCAUCGUGCAGUGCUUGAAUCUGGUCAAAGCCAUUCUCUUGUGUGUGGAGUACAAGCCUGGCAAGGUUGUGGAAGAUAAAAAGGAGCCAGAAGUGUUGCGAGCCCACGAGCUGAAGAUGUCCUUCUUCACUGAGGUCACUCUGACAGAGUUCUGCAGGAAACUGGUGACGCACUACUUCCUACUAACCAAGGCAGAUCUGGAGCAGUGGGACUCGGAUCCUGAGGGCUUUGCUAUUGACGAAGGUGGUGAAUCAUGGAAGUACAGUCUAAGGCCGUGCACGGAGACAGUGUUUGUCACCCUCUUCCACGAGUUCCGUGCCACGCUGUCUCCGGUGCUGCUCAGCAUGGUUCAGAGCAGUCACAGCCUGGUUCCACCCGAUGACCUGACCGCUAUUCUGAGGAAGGAUGCAGUGUACAAUGCAGUCGGCCUAGCAGCUUUUGAUUUCUACGAUGAGGUCAAUUUUGAUCAGUGGUUUUCUACUACUCUAACUCAAGAGCUGAGAGUGAAGGAAGGCAACUACAGAGUGAUUCGGAGAAGAGUUACGUGGUUGAUAGGCCAGUGGACAGGAGUGAAGCUGUCACAGGAAUUGCGUCCUGCACUAUACGCUGCAAUGCUUCCCCUACUGGGGCGCGGGGAGGACAUGGCGGUGCGUCUAACUGCCUCCAGUACCCUCAAGCUUGCCAUCGAUGACUUUGAGUUCAACACAGACCAGUUCCUGCCAUUCCUUGAGACAGCAUUCUCCUUGCUGUUCGCCUUACUGCAGGAGGCCCAGGAGUGCGACACCAAGAUGCAUGUGUUGUAUGUGCUGUCUUUCAUCAUAGAGAGGGUUGGAUUCUCGAUUCGACCAUUUGCCAACUCACUCGUGCAGUACCUCCCACAGCUGUGGCAGCAGUCAGCAGAACACAACAUGCUUCGCUGUGCCAUUGUCUCCACCAUGGUUCACCUGGUGAAGGCCUUCGGCAUGGUGACAGAGACCCUGUACCCAUUCCUGGUCCCCAUGGUGGCCCUGAGCACGGACCUCAGCCAGCCGGCACACGUGUACCUGAUGGAGGACGGCCUGGAGCUGUGGCUGGCCGUGCUGGAGAACUCCUCGCAGGUCACGCCUGAGCUGCUGCAGCUGUUUCGCAACAUGCCUCACCUGCUGGAGCACUGCACGGACAACAUCCGCACCUGCUUCUACAUCAUCCAGGCCAACAUCCUUCUGGCCCCGGACCUCUUCUUGAAGACGUACGGGGAGCCCAUCAUCAUGCACUGUGAUGACAUGCUGUCCGACAUGCGCAGUGAAGGGGUGGUCCUGACCAUGCGGUUGGUGGAGACGUACCUCCGAGCCGCACCUUCUCUUGCGACAGACGUGGUGAAGCCCAUCUUGCCGCGAGUGUUCCUGGCUGUUUACAAGGGGGAGGAAUACCCCAUGGUGAUGUCAAUGUACUUGUCGGUAAUGUCCAGAGUACUUCUCAAUUCCCUUCAGGCAUUUAGUCAAGUGGUGCAGAAAGUGGCUAACCUGGUUGGAGAGCGACAAGAAGUGGUGCUCGACAAAAUCCUCGAUGUUUGGCUGGACAAGAUGGCUCUCGUGACGCAACUAGAGAGGCGUAAGCUUCUAGGUCUGGCCCUGGCGUCAUUACUGACCGCUCAGUCCAGUGCAGUUCUGGAGAGGUUCUGCGGCAUUGUUCUCUGUGUCACCGAAGCACUAAAUGACAUGAUGAAGAUUGAUGAAGAAGGAAGUUUAUAUGAUUCUUUAAUGUUCUCGAAUAAUCAUUUGAGCUCUGGAAGUGAAGAUGAUGUGGACUACGAAACUGAGCACGAUCAUCGACGCAAGCUGCUGUCAGCUACAGAUCCUGUGUACACUACUGUCUUGCGAGACUACUUUCAAAGACAGGUGGCAGAACUGCAAAGUCAAGUUGGCCCAGUUCAGUUCGAACAACUGAUCCAAACCAUUGAUGUUGAGACACUACAGCAGGCAAGGGCAUUCAUUGUAAUGUAAUUUGUAACAAGACUGAUGAAAUGACCUAUACAUAAUGUAUAUAUGUAUGACCUGUGUUGAUAAUUUUUAAGUAGACAGCCAUGAUUUUUAAAAAAAAAUGCAUCUUCAUUUUGUUGAAAAACAAUUAAAACUAUAAGAAUAUUAAUAAA